UAUAACGCAUAGACAUUAUUACUCCCAAUUAACAGUUACAAAACUGAGAAUCAACAUUGAAGUGCUUGAACAAGAUCACCGGGCCAGUAAGUGGGCGGAUCAGAUUUUAGACCUUGAGAAACUAGUCAGUCGAGCUAAUUGGAGGUCCUGAGGCUAAAGGCCAAGGUGGCCCACUAAUAAUUGUUAAAAUUUAAUUCAGUUUAUUCUAGAGACAGCCCUUGCCCUGAGACAGGGACCCCCUAGUGGCUCCGUUUAAAGUCACAAUAAGCUUAGGCCCCGCCUCUCUGCGCAGCGCGGGCGUACUUCCUCCUGCGGCUCACCGACAUUUCUUCGCCCCGCUCCGCCCCUGCUCGGUUUCCUUCGCGGCCGCCUUCACUUGCCUGCGACUGUGUCGCCCAGCGUGACGUCACGGGCCUUGGCCCUUAUCAUUGGUCCAUUUCAAUAGUCGCGGGCUACUUGAACUGCAGGAACAGCUGCCGCUCCGGCGGGCUGCUCGCUUCAUUCCGGGGGCGUCCUUGACCCUGCACGCCCGGCAGCGCCUGCCUCCGGCUUUUGCAACCUCCUUGGUCCUGCACGAUCCUGAGCAGGCGGGCGGGCAGGCUGGCCCGGGCUGUGGCGGGUAGGUAGGGCAGGAGUGUUCCUCGGCGGGUCGGCGGGACGCAGUGCACGCUGCUUGGCGCCGCAGGCUGAUCCCGUCGCGCCCCCGGGAGCAGUGAUGUUGGGCAGCUCCGCGCCCGGGCCUGUGGCCCGCGAGGCGGGCUCGGCGCUGCUAACAUUGCAGCAGACGGCGCUCCAGGAGGACCAAGAGAACAUCAACCCCGAGAAGGCUGCGACCGCCCAGCAGCCCCGGACCCGGGCUGGGCUGGCGGUACUGAAGGCCGGGAAUUCACGGGGUCCAGCGCUGCAGCAGAGGCCUAAGACGCGACGGGUUGCGCCUCUUAAGGAUCUUCCUAUAAAUGAUGAGCAUGUCACUGUUCCUCCUUGGAAAGCAAACAGUAAACAACCUGCAUUUACCAUUCAUGUGGAUGAAGCAGAAGAAGAGACUCAAAAGAGGCCAGCUGAAUCUAAAAAACCAGAAAGUGAAGAUGUCCUGGCUUUUAAUUCAGCUGUUACUUUACCUGGACCAAGAAAACCACUGGUACCUCUUGAUUACCCAAUGGAUGGUAGUUUUGAGUCACCACAUACUAUGGACAUGUCAAUUGUAUUGGAAGAUGAAAAGCCAGUGAGUGUUAAUGAAGUUCCAGACUACCAUGAGGACAUUCACACAUACCUUAGGGAAAUGGAGGUUAAAUGUAAGCCUAAAGUGGGUUACAUGAAGAAACAGCCAGACAUUACUAACAGUAUGAGGGCUAUCCUCGUGGACUGGUUAGUUGAAGUAGGAGAAGAAUAUAAACUACAGAAUGAGACCCUGCAUUUGGCUGUGAACUACAUUGAUAGGUUUCUUUCAUCGAUGUCUGUGUUGAGAGGAAAACUUCAGCUUGUGGGCACUGCUGCUAUGCUGUUGGCCUCAAAAUUUGAAGAAAUAUAUCCCCCAGAAGUAGCGGAGUUUGUAUACAUUACAGAUGACACUUAUACUAAGAAACAAGUUCUGAGAAUGGAGCACCUCGUUUUGAAAGUCCUUGCUUUUGACUUAGCUGCACCAACAAUAAAUCAGUUUCUUACCCAGUACUUUCUGCACCAGCAGUCUGCAAACUGCAAAGUUGAAAGUUUAGCCAUGUUUUUGGGAGAGUUAAGUUUGAUAGAUGCUGACCCGUACCUAAAGUAUUUGCCAUCAGUUACUGCUGCAGCAGCCUUUCAUUUAGCACUCUACACAGUCACGGGACAAAGCUGGCCUGAAUCAUUAGUACAAAAGACUGGAUAUACGCUGGAAACGCUUAAGCCUUGUCUCCUGGACCUUCACCAGACCUACCUCAGAGCACCACAGCAUGCACAACAGUCAAUAAGAGAGAAGUACAAAAAUUCCAAGUAUCAUGGUGUUUCUCUCCUCAACCCACCAGAGACACUAAAUAUUUAACAGUGAAAGACUGCCUUUGUUUUCUAAGAUGUAAAUCACUCUAAGUAUAUGGUGUACAGAUUUUUUUUUUAGGUUUUAAUUUUACAAUCAUUUCUGAAUAUGGUCAAGUAUGGUCAAGUUAUGGUCAAGUACAAAUUAUGGUAUCUAUCACUUUUUAAAUGGUUUUAAUUUGUAUAUCUUUUGUACAUGUAACUAUCUUAGAUAUUUGGCUAAUUUUAAGUGGCUUUUGUUAAAGUAUUAAUGAUGCCAGCUGCCAGGAUAUUAAGAAUUAAUAAAUUGAUUUGGAAAA